AUGGACCCUUCCCGCACUCAGAAUGAAGCCCAUGAGGAGAUCCAGCAUGCCGUCGCAGACACGGAUCCUGAGAAGGCCGUCCCUGACUACGAGGAAUAUACGUCGCCCAGCAGACACAAUGCUGCCGCCUCCUCCUUGACGGCAUUCAGCCCGGAGUUGGAGAAGAGGGUACUGAGGAAACUGGAUCUACAUGUGCCCACCUUGAUGGCCUUCUUUUAUCUGCUCGCUUUCCUGGAUCGAAGUAACAUUGGAAAUGCCAAAAUAGCUGGCAUGGCGGAAGACCUCAAUCUAACGGGCAAUCGCUAUUCCUGGCUGUUGACCAUCUUUUACAUUUCAUAUACACUGUUCGAAUUCUUGGCCCUGAUGUGGAAAGUUGUGAAGCCGCAUCAAUGGGCGACAUUGAUGGUAUUUUCCUGGGGUUUGGUUGCAUCAUGCCAAGCUGCAACGACCAAUUGGCAAGGAAUGAUGGCACUCCGAUUUUUGAUGGGUAUCUUCGAAGCCGGGUUUGGACCGGGUGUGCCGUACCUCCUCUCCUUCUUCUAUCGUCGCCAUGAGCUUGGUCUUCGCUGUGGUUUGUUCUUGUCGGCCGCUCCCCUUGCAAAUACAUUUGCAGGAGCGCUAGCGUAUGGAAUUACCUCUGGACAUGCCGCAUUGGCCAAUUGGCGACUGUUGUUCCUAGUGGAAGGUGUUCCUGUUUGUGCCGCGGCCAUCCUGGCAUGGUUCUUCCUUCCAGAUACACCUUCGUCGGCGAGAUUUUUGACAAACGAAGAAAAAGAAGUUGCCCGCGCGCGUGCCCUUCAACAGUCCGGAGAGGCGGAGCGAGUUGGUAAGGUCCAGUGGAGGGAGUUGCUUGCAACUCUUCUGGACGUAAAAGCUUGGUUCACCGCGCUGACCAUUGCGUUCUUGUUCGUAGCUGAUGUAUUUCAGCUGCAAUGUGAGCUUCUCCUCACUGCCGGUUUUCCUGCCCACCAUCUUGAAGGAAAUGGGGUUCACAGCCAUCAAUGCACAAGGUCUGACGGCUCCCCCUUCUUCGCGUCAUUUCUCUGCACCAUUGCGACGACCUGGAUCGCAGAUCGCAUCCAGCAGCGUGGGUUGAUGAUUGCUGGGCUGUCCACCAUUGGCGGUAUUGGUUAUGUCUUACUCGCAACUUGCAAGCCAGUGGGAGUCCGAUAUCUGGGUGUGUUUUUGGCGGCUUGUGGAAUUUUCCCUUCUAUUGCAAAUAUUUUGCCUUGGGUUCUGAAUAAUCAGGGAUCUGAUACCCGCCGUGGCGGAAGCAUCGUCCUUCUGAACCUCAUCGGCCAGUGCGGCCCAUUCCUUGGAACAAAUAUUUUCCCUGACUCGGGAGCUCCACGAUACAUCAAAGGCAUGUCCAUUUGCGCCGCGUUCAUGUUCUUCACGGCAGUUUUGGCACUAUGUCUUCGAGUUUUGCUGGCGUGGGAAAACCGCAAGUUGGACAACACUUACGGCCCAAGAGUGGACUCUAAUCCGGGCAAGGGUGGAGAGAUUGCCGCUGAGGAUAACUACGGCGCCGGCUUCAGAUACGUACUUUAA